AUGUCGUCAUUACGCACAAGAGCAUGGCUGGAUAUAUCUGCUCUGUCUAAUGAGGAAUUUGCUGUGUACGCGCACUGUGGACUCAUAUUGGAAAGAGAGGAAAGAAUGUCAAGUGACGAGUGCGCUGGAGUACUUAUAAACAGAUUCAGCUUCUCUUUCAGCAACGUCAGCGCUGCAUUUAACGCUCUGUUUGGCUCAGAGCGCACUUGCACACUCACAUUAGCUCGAGAAGAGUUACUAGCGGUGAUUAGGCUACUGUCACAUGCAAGUAACUACACGCAAUGGCAAUAUUUCUUAUUCGAACAGACACAUCCGCAUCCCAACUUCAGACGCAGUAAACAAAGCAAUACCAUUCAAGAUGGAAAAGGCAGCGAGAAUAAGGCAGCAGAGAAGCAUCCGCCGCCUCCGCCACCGCCUCGCAGAACCUUCUCAGACAAAAACCCAUUCAGCAAUCUGUUGCAGUCUUCGAAACCGCACCUGCCACCGCGUCAGAGUGCGCCAGAUACUCAAACGGAGACGGCGUCGACAAGUACUCGCAAUCAAAAUGACGUCAGAGAGCAGACGCCCGAAUUUGAUGCAGCGGUCGCGGAGCUUGCAGAUAUCUGCUAG